GUCAAUAAACACUGUUUGCCUAUAUAUUUUCCUUGUCUCAUUAAUUUCCUUCACAAAUAGUCUGAUUUAAAGCAACUCUAAUCCAACAUCUCCUAAUUAAUUGUCCUAGAUCUCGCUUUGGUGUAUAUCAAGACAAGAAUCUCCAGUAAUAGAAAGGAGGAAUAUUAUUUUUGAAGAAACGGAAAAAAAAAAAGAGAAAACAUAUUUGCUGAUAAGGAAAAUGUCACAUCCUUUCAACACCUUUGCUCUCAAGAUGAAAGUACACUGCAGGGAUUGUGAAAAGAAACUGAAAAACGAGCUGCAAAACAUUAAGGGUGUUCGUUCAGUGGAAAUUGAUCAAAAACUUGGGAAAGUGAUCAUCUCAGGCAAAAUAGACCCUGCAAAAAUCCUAACUAAGCUUGAAAAGGUUGGGAGAGAAGCAGAAUUCUGGUGCGAACAAGAACAUCGUCGUAAAGAUAUUGUAACGCGGUCAAAAGUGAUUGAUCCACUAAAUGAUCCUGACAUUAUGGCACAACUAGAGCAAUUUACUGACCCCAGUGAUGAAAUUGUAGAGGUGAACAAAACCAUUAAGUUGAUUUUCAAAGGGGAAUCAAGAAAUGGUGUCCCUAGUAACAAAAUUGUGGAAAUUACUACCACCACCAAAAAUGUGAAAAAACAUCAAGAUCAAGUGCUUACACAUAAUCAUGAUUGUUCCCACAGUGGUGGUGGACUUUGUGCUGCUUCUUCAUCAUGUUGUGGUGGUCAUUCUGCUGUAAGUCAUAAUCUUGAUGGUUGUUGCCAAUAUGGUAAUACUACUAGUUUGGGUCCUUGUGCACAUGGUAGAAACUCAUGUUAUUACCAUAGCAAAUAUGGUAAUAAUUGUGCACAUAACAGAAACUCAUGUUAUAAUUGUCAUUGCCAAUAUGGUAAUACUACUAGUUAUGGUUCUUGUUAUGCAAAUAGCAAUUCAGGGCCAAUAUGGUCAAAUGAUAAUAUUCCCUCGGCUCCACCUAUGCCAGAUGACUACAAUUAUAAGGCAUCACCAUCACCAUCGCCACCAUCAUCAGCAACGCCUCAACCCUAUUACAACAUCUUAAGCGACGAGAAUGUGAAUAGCUGCACAAUCCUAUGAUUUCCGCUUGUUUUAUGUAAUAAAAGAGAGUUAUAUGUAAAUGUGUGUUGUGUGCCUGCGUGCAUGUGUUGAGUUGUCCCACAUCGGUAGGAUUUGAGGUCCUUGGUUUCUUUAUAUGGUCUUGGGUAAUCCUCACCUCAUAAGCUAGCUUUUGGAGUUGAGUUAGGCCCAAGAUUCAUUUAUCAAUGUGUGUGUGACAGAGAGAGAGAGAAUAAAAGUGGAGUAGUUCAUGUAUAUAAUUACUUUUGUGUAACUACUUAGUUUGUAAUUUUUGCUCCUUGUGUAAAUAUUCACACUACAUCUGCACCACUCU